GGGAUCACCUCGACAUUGCGCUAGGAGGAAUUGUACUUGCGCAGCCAUGGGACUUCGCGACUUUGACUUCUUUCGGUGCGCCAGAUCUGACUGACUGACUACGCAUUACUGCACUGCUGCCUGUCUGUCUGUCUGUGUGGUGCAGGAAGAUCCCUUAUGAGAUCCGCAGUCAGACCGAGCCGCCCUAUCACUCAUUCCUCUCGCUGCUGUGCCUCGCCUUCAUCGUCUUGUUCGGCUACACCAGCCUGCAGAACUUCCUCACGCCGCAACCCAGCAGAAGGUCAGCAAGCAAAGUGAGUGACGGCCGCAUCGCAUCGCGGGCUGUGUGCUCGGCUGUAUGUGUUGUCAGGUGUUGAGCCCUGGGUGAAGAAGCAAACGGAGAAGCAGCGCUGCGUUUGUCUUGGGGUGAUUCACCUGCCGAUGGUAUGGUAUGAGGACGAAUGAACGAAUCAACGAUGUGGGAUGGAAAAGCAAAUGGGCGGAGAAGCACAUGGGCGUGGCAUCUCUCUGUGUUGUCACUGCAGGUGUCGUUGGUGGCCACCGACUGACUGACUGACUGACCAGGUGCGCCAGCAACGUUGAAAGAAAGAAGGCUUGCAAGUGACUGUGUGGGUCGCUGUCUGUCCGCGCAGGCUUGCGACCUGGUGCGAUGGCUCAAUCGUCCUCUGCCGCAUCGCAAGCACCUCCUCCUGCUAAGGUCCCACGCGGCUGUAGGCACCUGGACAAAGUCGACAUCGUCCCUGAUGCGGGCGUGAGUCGUGUCAGCCGACAGCUGUUGGAGGGCUGCAUUCGGCGCACCUUCACUUCGGCCGCCCAAGUCACACAGCUGAUCCACCAAGGAGCCGACCCGAGAGCCUUCGGCGGAAUGUGCGUCCGCAGCGCCACAGGGAGCUCCCUGGGCUUGCGAUGGCGAUACAGCUGCCUGUCUUUCGCCAUCGACAGCCCAGCAAACACACCAUUCCUCUACGCGCGCGGCGCUCGUAACCAAGAGGUGCCCGUGGUGUUGCCGCAGUGGUCCUCCGGUCAGCUGCAGCGUGACGUCAUCAAUGCACUCAUCGACGGCGGGGCGAACAUCAAUGGCGGCGGGUUGGAGCAGCGGGUCAUCAGGGUGGCGGUUCGUGCGGGCAACUUGACGGCUGUCGAGGCCCUCCUGGCGCGUCAGGCCAACGUGCAGGGAGUUAGGGCGAUGGGGCUUCCCUACUUCGACGGUGAUACUGCCCCUCCCGCCACUCGUGAGUACGAGGACAUUCUCAUGUCAAUCUACCGUCGGCUCCUCGAACACGACAGCACACUCGCCGCAGAGCGGUCCUUUGGAGCCAAUCUGGUACAUAUGGCAGUCUCGGUCCCUUCCAUCUUCUCCCAGCUGUUCAUCGAUCAGUACCUCACCCUCAUCACCAGCCACGUCGGAGCCGACACGACGGCAACAGACAACUUCGGCUGCACGCCACUGCACUUGGCGGCAUCGUUUGGCUCCUACUAUGUGGCUGAGUGGCUGUGCCGCCAGCUGACAGCCGGCGACGUCAACAGAGGGAAGCCGAACCACCCCGACAGAACACCCCUCGCAGAGGCUGCCCAGGCGCUCGACUCUUGUGCGCGGCAUCAAUAUGGACAGGGAGAGGAGGAGCGGCGCUCAGGACACAUCCGCAAGUACAAGACCAUCAUCGGUAUGCUGCUGCGGACCGGGGCGGCCCCAUCCAUCGCCCGCAUGCUCACCGCCACCGAGGAGCAGCGCCGGUGCCGCCAGCUGGUGCUGACCGAGUAUGCCACAGUGCUGAAUGAGUUGUCCGAGGUCGUCAUGUCGGCCAUCAAUGCCGCCCUCGCCCCCCAGCGUGACCACUCGAUGCUUCUCGCCCGUCUGCUGCCCCUCGCCCCCCACCACGACGGCGCCCACCCAACCCCUCCCCAUCCAACAUGGCAUUCGGCCCACAUGAGGCAGAGGCCAUCGGAUGGAAGAUCGGCGCCUUCCUGCACGACCCCUCCGCUGCUGUGGCCGCCAUCGACCAGUACCUCACCGGCGAGUCGCCGCUGAGGCGCCGCGUGGGUGCGGCCGUCGGCCACUUCGUCAAGUCGGCGGCCACCCAGACGAGCAGCAAUAAGGAGGUGGUGGGCGGGACGAGACACGAGCAGCAGGGCGACAAGCGCGUCAAGGUGACCGUGCCGCCGCUGCAGUGCUUUAGGGUGGGCGGUGUGGGUGGCCGCAGGUUGGGUGUGCGUGAGGUGGUGCAUCGGGCCCGGCUGGACGAGGCGCAGUAUGGUGUAAUGGGUGUGGUCAAGGGCUUCAACGAGCACCUCGGGUAUUAGGACUGCCAAUUCUCAUGGCAACAGCUGGGAAGCAUCGACAAGGCUACCGGGCUGUUUGUGUCGCUGGGCAUCGACUGACUGUGACGGAGAGGGAUGGAG